GCUCUGCAGAGGCUGGUACAGAAGCACGGUCCUCGUAACUGGUCCCUGAUCAGCAAGUCGAUACCCGGUCGGUCCGGCAAGUCGUGCCGGCUCCGGUGGUGCAACCAGCUCUCCCCUCAGGUGGAGCACCGUGCCUUCACGCCAGAGGAAGACGACACCAUAAUUCGGGCCCACGCCCGCUUCGGCAACAAGUGGGCCACCAUCGCCCGCCUCCUCAACGGCCGAACCGACAACGCCAUCAAGAACCACUGGAACUCCACGCUCAAGCGUAAGUGCUCCGAUAUCGGCGUCGUUUUUCCCGGAGGAGGUGUAGGCGGAAGCGGAGGCUACGAUGGUCAUUUCCUUCAUGACCACGAGCAGCCGCCGCUAAAGCGAUCGGUGAGUGCCGGGUCGGGCAUGCCCGUUUCCACCGGGCUUUACAUGAGCCCGGGUAGCCCGUCCGGUUCAGAUAUGAGCGACUCCAGCGUAGUACCGGUUAUGUCUCUGUCCGAGUGCCACGUGUACAGACCCGUGGCGCGAUCUGGAGGGGUUCUGCCGCUCGCGGAAACGACGUCGUCUUCCAACGACAACAAUAGUAACAACGUAAAACAGAAAGAGAACGAUCCUACGACUUCGCUGUCUCUGUCGCUGCCCGGGGUUGACUCGGGCGAGGUGUCGAACCGGGUGGCGGCAAUCGAGUUGACUCAGGCGCCGGUUCCGGUUCCGGUUCCGAUUCCGAUUCAGAAUCCGGUUCCAGAUCCGGCUCCGGCUCGGGCUCCGUUUCAGAAUAUACCGGUGGAGUUGUUGGCGGUGAUGCAGGGGAUGAUAAGGAAGGAGGUGAGGAGCUACAUGGCGGGGUUGGAGCAGAGUGGGAUUUGUAUGCAGCAGGCUGCUAAUAACGAUGGGUUUAGGAAUGUUGCUGUAAAGCGAAUUGGGGUUAGCAGGAUCGAGUGAGAAAAUUGACGAGAAGUUGGGGAGUUUUUGGGAAAUUCAAUUUCAGUGAAGGAAUGAAUGAAUGAAGCUCAAUGCAAAAGCUAAGGGCUUUUUGGACGGAGUAGUUGGACUAGUUAGUGAAAAAAUGAUGAUGAAAAGAUAUGGUGGAAGUUGAAGCUGGGAAGUGAAAAAUAACUGGGCUUGUGUUGGUUUUUUUUUUCCUUUUGCUUUCUUUCGGUUUAAUUAUUAGGGGAAAUAAUAAUUAUGGUCAAUGUACAGAGAGAGAGAGAGAGAGAGAGAGACAGAGGGAGGGACAGUAAUGAGAGAGACUGAGAUGAGGAAGAAGAGAUGGUGUUGGAGAAGAGAGAGGUCUGAAAGUGGGCAUCCAAUCCAAGAGGGAAGGGAACUUUUGGGCCUUGUUCAUCGAAAAACAACAUGCAACUUAAUUAAAAAAAAAAAAGAGAAAGAAAAAUGAAUCCUCCAAAUUUCAAUCUUUUUUCUCGUCGUCUUUAUAUAUUGGGUUUAUUUUUUCCUGCUUAUGUUAUAUAAUCUGAAAUAAGUAAAAAGGAAAAAGGGUUCUGACUGA